GUUUCAUCAACAUACAAAAUACCGGCUCUUCGAAAUGCCGGUCGGCAACGUCGCUGCCAUCAUAGCAGCACGCAGAACACGGAGGAACAGCAAAGUCCGACCAACUCCGGUGAAUGUGGCAGAGCAAAGGCGAAGACAAGCUGCUCUUGCAGAGUAUGCCCGGAAGGUGAAAUUGGGCAAAAUCAUCAGGACCUACGAUACAAACAAUUCUGGCAAACUGGAGCGCGACCAAGUAGUCAAACUCUUGACUGACAUGGAUUCUUCAACACCGCCUGGAACGCUACCAAGUGAUGAACAGGUUGACUUUCUGCUGAAACUGUAUGACAAGGCUGGCGAUCAGGCCAUUGUGAUUGACGAGUUAGAGGAACUCCUCAUUUGUUGGCAUACAUACACGGAGAAUCGUGCACUCUUUGAAGACAAACUGAACAAGUAUGACGUUUCCAAGACCGGCAAACUCUCAAAGGAGGAACUGAAGGCCUACUUGACUGACUUGAACGGUGGCAUCGAAGUGCAAGACAGUGAAGUGGAUUGGGUGAUGCAGGAGGGUGACAUUUUGGGCGAUGGGCAGCUUAACAAGAUGGAGCUUUGGAGAGUCACUGCCUUGUGGUUUUCCUAUGUCGACAGCAAGAAGUCGAAUGAUUGCUGUACACUGUUGUAGACAGUGUGCACAUGAAACUUGCUGACGUUUCACCAUCUUUUCUGAAUGGCAGAAAUGCAAUCUGUCUUUUGUCGGGUGAUUUUCUAUGUUGCGUGGAUCUAGAUAUGCCCGAAACAGCUGUAUUGAUGCAACCACAUUAGGGACCAGAAUUGAGUUUGAAAGCUGUUCGAAGUUUCAUUGUAGAGACCAACCUCUGCAGAAAUUGUGGAGGUGAGAUGGGACGCUGUGCAUGAUCACAAA